CUGUUUUGCCGAUUACCCUGUCACUUCUAACAAAGCCGAAAGUGUAGUUUGUCAUCGUAAUAUCCUAGCAAAAAUGCUCCCGUUUUUUUACCUCGUUAUCGUUCCCUUCGCAGUCAUUAACGCGGAUCAUGGGAACACCACAAGCAAGCCGACACUUAAUUUGUUGGAUCUGGCUAAGGAAAUGGGACUGACCAGCUACCUUUCGGCUUUAAAAGACACCGGCAGCCUGAAUAUACUGACCAACUCAAGCGGUCUCACCGUUUUGCACCCACCAACGAGGCUUUUCUCGCUGUCGAUCGACACACCAGGCAUCACUGGGAUAAAGAUGCAGCUUCUUACCAGCAGCUAAUGAGGUAUCAUAUUUUGAAUCAACGGAAGGAUCGAGCAGAUUUAAAGGAUGAAUUGGUCUUCGAGACCCUGGCCGGCCAUGGACUAACUGGCCGAUUCAUUAAUUACGACGGAUACAGUAAAAAUGUGCAACUAUACAACGAUGCCGAAAUAAGUUCUUUCGACCAUGAAGCCACCAACGGAGUUAUUCACACAUUGAACAACGUUGUGGGACAUAUACAAAGUGGCACAUUGCUCGAUAUCGCCAAAGAGCGUGAAGAGUUGUCGGAAAUCCUCAAAGCCAUUGAUGCGGCUGGCCUGACUGAUUUACUCACAGGUGCAAUCCCCGCAUCAACGCCGCUGACCUUUGCCGCUCCUACUAACGAUGCCAUCAAGAAACUGCCAGGUGGUACAUGGGACGCACUUUUAAACAACCGUACGCAGCUAACCGAUGUGCUGCAAUAUCAUUUCGCAAGUGCCGGCACCUGGAUGACCCGCGGACUGGUGGACAAACUGAAAGUGGAGACACUGAAUAAGAAAGCCAACUGGACGGUGUCCUUCGAUAGUCAGAAUGCUAUCAAGAUCGACGAUGCAUCCAUAGUUUUCGGUGACCUUUCCGCUACCAACGGAGUCGUUCACAUAAUAGACGGUGUGCUGUUGCCCCAUCCGAAAACGAACCGAUAAUUAGGCAUCAACGGACGAGAAACCAAUCGAUGCCGAACUAAGCAUCUCUUUUGAAACCGAAACGUGGUCGAUACCAACCAUACAUGUCGCAGCACCACUCUCGCACCGCAGCACCACUCUGGUAGAAAAAAUUACUUGGACUCUGUAUUAUUGUAAUCUACUUAUUCAGCGCGGCGAGAGCAGAAAUAACGGUGCCUUCAACACGAGAAAGAACGAUUACAACCUGCGAAACGUUCGCCCAAUUACCUUGCGUAAAUAGCAAAAGCCACUCC